AAACAGAUAAAAUAGGCGUAUGUGAGGAGAGUGACCCAAUCUGGUGACUUGUCGAACACAAUGCGGCCGUUCUUGGUCUUACUUUGUCUAGCCACUGCUAUCCUGCUAUUGGAGGCAGCUUGUCCCGGUGACUGCCACUACAGCGGCCGCUGCCAAGUCAACGCCUGCCAUUGCUAUGCUGGCUUCCAAGGGUCCGAUUGUAGCACCGACUGUGGAUGUCAAGGCCAUGGCACAUGCGCACAUGACGGUACCUGCCAGUGCGAGGCAGGCUGGAGAUGGGACGGCGGUCAACGCAAGUGUGUGUGGGACUGUCAUUGUCAGAACGGGAAAGGCUGUAUCGGCCCCGGGGAGUGCGGCUGCACACACACGUGUAGAUAUGGUGCCUGUCGUAACGGUCAGUGUGUGUGUUGGGAGGGCUACAAGGGACAGGACUGCUCCCAAUAUGAUCCUAACACCAUGAUGAGCCAUGGCGUGUCAGUAGGCAUCAACCUCGCCGACAACGACUACUUCACCCCCGAGGUGCACUUCGUGGACAUCCAUAAGCAGUCCCAGAGCUGGCUGACCCAGAGGGUGGGGAGCAGCACGUGGGACACCAAGGAACAGAGUCACAUCCACUGGAGGCCGGACGGCUACCCCGCCAGUCUGCAACCCAAUCAGAAGUUGGUUCAACUUGUAAUGCGCGGCUUCGCUUCCCACGAACCUUCGGGCCAAUACACGAUCCUGUAUGAUGGCGAGGGGGAGGUAGAUGUAGGACUUACAGAACACCACACAAUUCAUGAUGGAAAAGGAAGGUUAGUGGUCAACAUGCCUAAAAUUGGCGAUGGAAGUUUCACACUAGAAGUCCUGAGAACGAACCCAAGGAACCCCAUCCACAACAUCCGGGUACUUUCGCCAGGAUACGAGAACUUGUACGAGAGGUUCCCCUUUCAUCCCGUGUUUCUAGAGAACCUCAAACGAUUCUCGGAGAUCAGGUUCAUGGAUUUCAUGAGAACAAACGCACAUGAGCCUGAGCCGACGACGUGGGCGACACGCCGUCGGCCAGACUACUACACCCAAGUGGGUCCGUACGGAGCCGCUGUGGAGCAUAUGAUACACCUGGCCAACACACUGGGAGCAAACCCUUGGUUCAACAUGCCCCACGCAGCCGAUGAUAACUACAUCAGGAACUUUGCAAUGCUUGUGAAGAAGGACCUUCGGCCUGACCUGAAGGUGUACAUAGAGUACUCUAACGAGGUGUGGAAUCCCAUCUUCCGCCAACACGCCUACGCCAUGGAGCAGGGGAAGAAGCUGAAGCUGGACCCAGCUGACUGGAAGGCGGGGAUGAAGUUCUACAGCAGGAGGUCCGCCCAGGUGGCGGACAUAUGGCAGCAGGUGUACGGAACACUCAGCUCCAGGCUGUAUCCAGUGUUCUCCUGGCAGACUGGGUUUCAGGACUACUUCAGGCAGGCGGUCGAGGCUGUGGGCAACAAGAUCAGCAGCUUCAAGGCUCUCGCCAUCACUGGAUACUUCACAUGUAACAAAGUAGCUGACGACCACGGAGCUGAGAUGCUCCACAUGUCGAUGGCCCAGAUACAACAGUACUGCAAGAACGAACUCCCUGCCAUGCAGAAGUCCUUCCAGUACUUCAUGAAUCUAGCAAAGACGCACCACCUUCAGCUGGUGAUGUACGAGGGGGGACCGUCAGUGAUGCAGAACAAGGUAUUUAACGCUGGCGCUGCCAGUCAGGCCAUCACAGACAAGGCAAUCGCCUUCAACAAGGAUAGUCAUGUCGAGCAGCCCAUCACAGAUGUCAUGAACCUCUGGUACCAAACCGUCACCCAGGACGCCAGCAAUAAAUACCCUGGCGGCCUCUUCAACUACUUCGACUACACCUCCACCCCCAGCAAGUACGGCAGCUGGGGUAUCCUGCAAUACACGGGCCAGGACCCCAGCACCGUGCCCAAGUUCAGGGCUGUGCAGAAGUUCAUAACUGAUCAUCACAAGAAUAACGUCCUCGGCCCAAAGUGCAGCUUUGUGAAGGAUGGGGCUAUGGCCUAUGGGUGCUAUCAACACACAUGGGGGAACUUCCAGUGUGGACAGUCCAGCGACAGUGGCAGAACAUGGAGUUCGUACCCAUCUGUGGGUCAGAAGUACAUGGAAUACAUGGUUCUUGACGGAUUCGACCCCCGGACUCAUCACCUGUAUAUCCGCCAUGUGAACUCCCUGGGAGCUAACACCUACCACGUGUAUAACACCCGGACAAGGUCAUGGUCAACACAACAAAAUUUUGCCUAUUAUCAGCAAGAGUCUUCCCCCGACGUUUUACCAAGAAUGCCUAACGGUGUCUUCGGAGGCCUGAACGCUCAUGCUACUUGUUAGCAAGAGUGAAGUUACACUGAAAUAUAAACAUAAACCUUUCUUGUUUUUUAA